AUAAAGAAGAAUCUAUCGAAGAAAAAAUCGAAAAGAUUAAAGUUAGUGAGGAGUUGGACAGCGAGCAACAAAAGGAGGCGAAAGAAUUUGACGCUGCUCCAAUAAAACAAAAUGCAUAUAAAGCCGCUCCGGGCGUUAAAGAAUUUAUUAAAAAUGAAAUAACCCAACUAAAAAAAAAAGGAUUAAUUCGUGAGUCACAAAGCUCUUGGUCUUCCCCCGUCAUGGUGGUACCUAAAAAGGGUGGAAAGUUGCGGUUAUGUAUUGAUUACCGCAAAUUAAACGCGGUUAUGAAAAAAGACUCUUAUCCCCUCCCUCGUGUGGACGAUCUCUUGGAAACUUUCUCUAAAGCAAGAUGGUUCAGUUCUUUAGAUUUAUUAAGUGGUUACUGGCAAUUGCCA